GUGACGCCCUCGGCGGACUCCCCCCCCGGUGUGGUUGGUCGCAGUCUCCAUUGGGAAGGAUCCGGAUCCAGUUGCUCCCGUUCCAGCCCCAGGAUGAGGUCUCACAGCACCUACAAGCAGCUGCAGGUGGGGGCCAGGAGGGGCUCCAUUGGAAUCAAUGGAAUUCCUCAGCUCUGGAAUGUCGGCCUCGCUCUGCUCCUCCUCCUCCUCCUCUUCCUCCCCCUGCUCCUAUGGCUCCUUCCCGAUGGGAGCCGGGGGGGGAGGGGAGAGGCCGGAGCCUGUGGAGCCUCGUGCAGCAUCGUCCUUGUGGAGAGCAUCCCGGAGGGAAUGAGCUUCGGCUCCGGCUCCAUCCCGACCCCCUCCACGUUUUCCGCAUGGAUGCAGCUCCUGCUCUCCGUGCGCCACAGCAUCGACAUUGCCUCCUUCUACUGGACCAUGACCAACACCGACACCGGCACCGCCGAGGCCUCCGCGGCACAGGGUGAGCGGAUCCUGCAGGAGCUGCUCCGGUUGCCCCAACGCGGCAUCAACGUCCGCGUCGCCGUCAACCGCCCGUCGGCAUCGGCACCGAUCGGUGACCUGGUGGAGCUGGAGCGGAGCGGCGCUGCCGUGCGCACCGUGGACCUGCCGCGCCUGACCGGAGGGGUUCUGCACACCAAGUUCUGGCUGGUGGAUGGCACCCACCUCUACCUCGGCAGCGCCAACAUGGACUGGAGGUCCCUGACCCAGGUGAAGGAGCUUGGUGCUGCCGUCUACAACUGCACCUGCAUGGCCCAAGACUUAGGCAAGAUCUUCGAGGCCUAUUGGGCUCUCGGCGUUCCCGGUGCCACCAUCCCGGUGCCGUGGCCGGCCAAUUACUCCACUGCCUUCAAUGCAGAGACGCCCCUGGAGCUGCAGCUCAACGGCACUGCCGCCGCCGUCUACUUCUCGAGCUCCCCCCCGGCCCUCUGUGCCGACGGCCGCACCACAGACCUCAGCGCCCUGCUCAGCGUCAUCGAUGCCGCCGAGGCCUUUGUGGAUGUCGCGGUCAUGAGUUUCCUGCCCACCACCGAGUUCUCCCACCCGCAGAGGUUCUGGCCGGUGAUCGAUAACGCACUGCGCCGAGCGGUGGUGGAGCGGCGCGUCCGCGUGCGGCUGCUGCUGGGCUGCUGGCGGCACAGCCAAACCACCAUGUUCCCCUUCCUCAAGUCACUGGCGGCCGUCGCUGAUAACCGGACCCAUUACAGCGUGGCAGUGCGCCUCUUCAUGGUGCCAACGAGCGCGGCACAGGCGCGGAUCCCCUACGCCCGUGUCAACCACAACAAGUACAUGGUGACGGAGACGACCGCGUACAUCGGGACCUCCAAUUGGUCCGGUGACUACUUCACGCAGACGGCAGGCUCGGCACUGGUGGUCAACCAAACGGUGAAUGCCACCGGCACCGGUACUGGCACCGUCCGGGAGCAGCUGGAGGCCGUGUUUGAGCGGGACUGGAGCUCCCAGUACAGCGCUGACAUUGGUGAGCCCGAGCGCUGGCAGAGCCGCUGCGGUUCCCGUUAGGCACCAGUGGCACCAAAUCCGGGCCCGGUUGGGCUAAACCACACCAAAACUCCCGA